CUCUCCGCCGGCGGCAAACCCCCGGUAUAAAUACGCAACGCAGAGACACGCUCUUCCUCAUCGCCAACGUGAGAAACUCUUCCACAUUUGUCCGAAACCAUGGCUGCUCCGUCGUCGUCUCCUCCUCCUCCUCCUCCUUUCAUCCUCGCCGCCGCCGCCCUCCUCCUCGUCCUGUCCCAACUCUCCGCCCCGUCCUCCGCCGGCGCCGCCCACCCGAGGAUGCUGUCCCUGGUCACGACACCGCCCCUCGUCCUCACGUACCACAAGGGCCAGCUCCUCAAGGGCAACGUCACCGUCAACCUCCUCUGGUACGGCCGCUUCUCCCCCCGCCAGCUCUCCAUCGUCGCCGAGUUCUUCCGCUCCCUCAGCAGCCCAGCCAAGCCUUCCCCGUCCGUCGCCUCCUGGUGGUCCACCACCGCCGCGUACGCCGGCGGCCCCGCCCACAUCGUCUUGGGGAAGCAGCUCGUCGACGGCGAGUACUCCCGGGGCAAAGCGCUGAAGAACCAAGACAUCGUGAGCCUGUCCGCCAAGCUCGCCAGCGCCAAGCCUAGUGGCGGCAAUGCCGUCAACUUUGUGUUGACCUCGUCGGAUGUUGGCGUCGAGGAUUUCUGCAUGAACAGCUGCGGGUUGCACGGGUGGUCAACCACGGCCCCGGGCGGCAAGGGCGCCAAGUUCACGUACGCGUGGGUCGGCAACUCGGUGUCCCAGUGCCCUGGCCAGUGCGCGUGGCCUUUCCACCAGCCGAUCUACGGGCCUCAGAUGCCUCCCCUCGUGGCCCCGAGCGGGGACAUCGGGGUCGACGGGAUGAUCAUCAACUUGGCUACGGUCCUGGCGGGGACCGUCACGAACCCGUUCGACACGGGGUAUUUCCAGGGCCCGAGCGACGUGCCCCUCGAGGCCGUGACCGCGUGCACGGGGAUAUUCGGGGCCGGCGCGUUCCCCGGCUAUCCUGGGGUCGUCCUGGUGGACAAGACAAAUGGAGCGAGCUACAACGCGAUUGGCUUGGGUGGACGGAAAUUUCUGCUGCCGGCGAUGUGGAACCCCAAGACGUCUACUUGCAAGACGGCCGUGUAGAGCAGCAACCGAGCAAUACACAAACACGAGGAGUACUUCCAUUUUCAUACGUGUAUAGUGCACACGUGGGGUUAUAUCACUAUACGUCUUGCUUCUAUUUUUGGGGCUUUAAAUUAUGUUGUUGAAAUACAAUAUUUCGGAAUUUGUGGAUUACUUUGAUCCGUGGCUAUUGCAGAUCGCCUGAAUAACGCGAUUUCAUUGUAACGAUUGAACGUCAAUGCAUGUCAAACAUCUCUCUCGUUUCU